UUACUCACACAUGAUUUAAACUGUAAUUAUUAUAAAUCCUAAGUUUUAAUUAUAAAACUUCCAUCUGUUCUUUUAAUUAUCAUUCGAAUUAGUCUAUGUUGUGUAUUUUUACUAAAAUGUAGGAGGGUAUGCUUUUCUUUUUACUAAUUUAAUGCACUCCAAAAAAAGAGAGAAAUAGAGAAGAUAUCUGAAUGUUCAACCAUUUGUCAAAUCACACCAAAAGCAUUCCCACAAUUACCAACAACCUCACUCAUCAAACAAACACAAAAAAGAAAACCAAGAAAAAAAGCCGACAUCCUCUUUCUGAAAAUUACUACAAUUGCACAAUCAAAUUAUUGUUAUAGAGUAAAGAACACAAACCAUAUGUUUACGGUAAUCAGAGCAUGUUGAAGCUGUGGAAAUGGUACCAGAAUUGUUUAGCGACGCAUCCAGUUAAAACCCAGGUGAUCAGCUCCGGCUUAAUUUGGGGAAUUGGCGACAUUGCUGCUCAGGCGGUCACGCACUACACCGCCAAACGCCACCAUCUUCAAACCCACGAUGAAAAUGAAAAUAAAGCAAAGCUCAAUUGGAGACGAGUUGCUACGACAAGCUUUUUUGGCCUUGGUUUUGUUGGUCCCGUUGGCCACUUCUGGUAUGAAGGGCUGGACCACUUCAUUAGGUUGCAGUUAAAGCUACAACCAAAUUCCUUCCGCUUUGUUGGUACAAAAGUAGCAGUAGAUAGUAUAAUCUUUGGGCCCCUGGAUUUACUUGUGUUCUUCACUUACAUGGGGUUUUCUUUGGGGAAAACUGCCAGUCAGGUUAAGGAAGAUGUUAAGAGAGACUUUCUCCCAGCCUUAGUUGUGGAGGGAGGCGUAUGGCCCAUUCUUCAGGUGGUGAACUUCCGGUUUGUUCCAGUUCGGUAUCAACUCCUUUAUGUCAACAUCUUCUGUUUGUUGGAUAGCUGCUUUCUUUCGUGGCUUGAGCAGCAAGAAGACGCUUCUUGGAAGCAAUGGUUCAGAUCAUUUAUGCCUCAAAAGGAACAAGAACAAUCAGGCGCGUAGUUUCUUUCUAAUAUUUUUGCUUGAGCUUCUGUAAAUACGCAACUUAACAUAAAUCCCAUUACUUGAACACAUGAAAUGCCGAUUUGUAGUUUGAAGUCGGCAUUCAUGAUAGCACUAGUUACACUUCUAAUGAAUGAUUAGGUCUGUAUCCAUUUGCCUCAGAAAAUUUAUCAGCUCUGUACUUUUUUCCCCAACUUAACUGUUAGUUGCUGCAUUAGAUGAAAUUGGAAUGCAGCGAUAGUUUCCGUUUACCUCAUUGAUAUGUUGACGAUUGAAUAGCAGACGAAUAACUCAUUGAUCUCAAUGGUAGAUACAAAAAUAUGCUGUUGCCUUGUGUUCUUAAGGCAAUGUAUCUACAGAAACACCAGGCAAACAACAACGAGAAAGCAUCUUGCUUAUUAAAGCAAAGGUGCUGAAGAACCUCUACGAAACUUUGUUGACAUUAUGUAGCACAUUCACCAAGUAAUAAUGUAUUCAAGUCUUCAAAAGAUCUCUGAUGGGUCAUUAAAUCAAGUGCUGGAUCCAGAGGCUGGUAAAAUUUAACAUUACUCAUUAAAUUUUGCUCAAGCUGGGGCGAAAUGCUGACCCCAACGACAUAUCUCAAUGAAGAGAAACCAUAUGGCAAAGCAAUCUUAUGAAACCUCAAUCCAUGAAACUACACAAAACCAGCCACUUUCAUCUCAUUCACCAGUAUGUUCAAUUUUUCUAUUAGGCCAGCCCGUCGGUAGCCAGCUCCCAACAAACCAUAGAUGGACCUUGUAAGUUUGUAAGAAUCUUUUAUACGCUCCAAAAACAACUCCAGCCUAUCAUAAGCUUCCCUUCUGAAAUAAGAACAAAUCACCUUUUCAACAUCCUCUGAGCAGCUAAAUGCUAUUCCAUGCUUUAGCAUUCUCCCAACAGAGUACUCGACAUCAUCUAACCUAUCUGUAUCUGCAUACAUUCUUAUUAUCGAGCAGUGAAACAGUGAAAGGACUUCCGAAUUCUGGUCAGAUUCAGUAAAAUUCACUAACAAUUCUUCCAGCUGUUCUACCAGUCCAAGUUCUUGGUACAAAUCCACAACCUUUUUGGCCAUAUUUCGAUCAAUCCGAUGCUCACCUUUUA